AUGCAUUACUCCACACUUGCUGGUCUGGGCCUCAUGGCCACCACUGCCCUGGCCUACCCUACCAUCCCCAGACACUCUUUCCGUCGCGACAACAGCACUUCGGGCGCUGAGACCGUUGUCUACUGGGGUCAAAAUGGUGGAAAUGCCGUUGAGAACAACGACCUCUCCACCUACUGUACCGCUGACUCUGGCAUUGACAUCCUUGUCCUCUCUUUCCUUUAUGAAUUUGGCAAUGGUGUCGAUACUCCCUCUGGUACCAUCGGCCAGUCUUGCUCCAUCGACACCUCCGGCAAAGGCAGCAACUGCGAUGACCUCGCCGCCGCCAUCAAGACAUGCCAAGGCAACGGCAAGAAGAUCAUCCUCUCUCUCGGUGGUGCUUCUGGCUCUUACUCUCUCUCCUCUCAGCAGGAGGCCGAGACCAUUGGCCAGAACCUCUGGGACUCCUACGGAAACAGCGGCAGCAGCAGCGCUCCUCGCCCAUUCGGUAGCACCUUCGUCAACGGCUUCGACUUUGAUCUUGAGGCCAACCCCGCUGGCACCAACACCAACUACCAAUACUUGAUCGCCAAGCUCCGUAGCAACUUCGCCAGCGACUCCGCCAACACCUACUACAUCACCGGUGCUCCUCAGUGCCCUAUCCCCGAGCCCAACAUGCAGGACGUCAUCACCACCAGCCAGUUCGACUACCUCUUCGUUCAGUUCUACAACAACCAGGGCUGCUCUACCAACACUGGUACCAACUACGCUGACUGGGUAAAGAACGUCCAGAACACUCCAUCUGCCAACGCUAAGAUCGUCAUCGGUGUCCCUGCCUCUGAGCUCGCCUCCAACGGUGCUCAGACCGGUGCCGUCUACUACCUUGCUCCUUCCGACCUGUCCACUCUCGUUGGAAAGUACAAGUCUGACUCUGCUUUCGGUGGUGUGAUGAUGUGGGAUGCUGGUUUCUCUGACGACAACACCAACAGCGGCUGCACUUACGCCCAGGAGGUUCACAGCAUCCUCACCACCGGCAGCCCUUGCUCUUAAGUGCUCUCGUUAAAACACUUCUUUGUAUAUAACUCUUUCC